UUUAGAUCUACUCGCAAAGACUUAAACAUUAACUGGAGCAUGGCUUCUAGAAGACUCCUCAAGAGCCGAGGACUACAGGAAAGGCUGAAUGCUGGAGAGAGCAUUCUCUGUGCUGAAGGAUAUCUCCUUGCUCUCAGUCGUCGAGGGUACAUCACACACGGGGUGUGGGUCCCUGAAUUCAUACUGGAGGACCCUGCAAUACUGAAGAGUGUCCAUUACGAAAUGGCACAUGCUGGGUCUGAUGUCAUAGAAGCAUUCCAGUACAAUACUCACAGAGAGAAGAUGAAGCAGAUAGGGAGGGAGGACGAUAUUGAGAAGAUUAACCGAACCGCUUUGAAAAUUGCACGUGAAGUAGCAGAAGAGAAGAACCUCCUGUUUGCGGGAGGGAUUUCAAACACAAACCAAUAUGUGAAGGGAGAGACAGAAGAAAAGGUGAGAGCCAUGUUUGAGGAACAAGUUCGCUGGAGCAAAGAAGAAGGAGUUGACUACAUGAUUGGGGAAACGUUCUCUUUUCUUGGAGAAGCACAAAUCGCUUUAGAAGUAAUACAGAGUUUUGACCUACCUGCUGUGGUAACACUUACUGUCUAUACUGCUAGAGGAGAGGAUGGAGUAGUGAGAACUCGCGAUGGUGUUCCAAUAGGAGAAGCAUGCAAGGAUCUGAUAGAUAGAGGAGUAACAAUAACUGGAGUUAACUGCACCCGUGGACCUGAAAUGACAUUAGAGCUUGUCAACGAUAUCGUUCAAGUUUGUCCUCCUGAAAAGAUUGGAGCAUUACCCAUUGCAUAUCGUACAACCCCUAAGGAGCCUAGCUUCAUGGACCUGACAGAUUCUAUCUGUCCUGCAAAUAACCCAGUUUAUCCAAGAGGUAUGGAGCCAUUCUGUAUCUCACCUGUUGAAAUAGAAUCAUUUACAAAGUCCUGCACCAGUCUUGGUAUGAAGUACUUGGGUAUUUGCUGUGGGAACUCUGGGGAGCUCACCCGUACAAUGGCUGAGACUAUGGGGCGAAAACCACCAGCUAGUCGGUACUUGGAUCAUACGCAGUUUGGGUUUUUAAUGAAGUUAAAAAUGAGUGGAGAAUUAUGAACAAACAUAUUAAAAUGUAAUUGUGCAUUUAGUGUAUUAUUACAACUUUUGAAAAACCUUCAAAUGUCCCUUCAUAGCACUGAACAGCAGGUUAUUUUUUGUGUGACAUAGAAAAUACACAACUUGAAUCAACAAAAUACAGAAAAAGAUGAAUACACUUUAAUGCAUUUAUAGUUGCAAUUUGUAUGUUGUUAAACUGUAAA